AUGUCUCACAUUCGCCCGAUGAUGGCACCUACUAAAGCUGUCUUAACGCUUAGAGUACAACCCAAUCAACUACGUCGCACCAUCGCCGCUCGGCCACUCGCCAAUGACUCCCUACUAAAAUCCCUUCCGCAUCGAAGGUCUGCGACAUUUAGGCCGAACCAAUCACGAAUUGCGGUGGUCCGAGCCGAUUCGACAGCACCUGUUGAUACAGCCAAUGAAUCGUCGCCAUCGUCGAGUGCAUCAGCGCCGCCCAGUAGCGUGGCUGCCAGCGUUCCGGGGAUCGGAGGCGUGGCAGUGAUGACAGACGCGACAGUUCCCGAGGGACACAGAGGGCUGCAUGAUUUCCUCUACGGCGAGGGAGACGUGCACGAGGCCACGUCAUCCGCCUACACCGUGCGGCCAGGCGAGGACGACGGCGCGCUGGUGUCCGCGGUGCAGGACUACGUGGCGGCGCGCGAGCUGCAGAAGCUCGCCGGGAUCUACGCCGUGUAUGACGGCGCUGGCGCGCUGCAGUACGUGGGGUACUCGCGCAACAUCGUCGUGUCGCUCAAGGGCCACAGGGCGGCGAUGGGCGAGGAGCUGUGCAGCUCAGUGCGAGUGCAGGUGUACCGUGCAGAUUCAAUGCUUUCCCGGGCAGUGCUGGACGGGGAGCGGAGGCGGUGGUUGCAGGAGCUCGGGCAGAGCGAAAGUUUCAUGCUGACGAGCAGUUUCGCCCGGUGGGAGGCGCAGGGCGCGCAGGUGGGCGCGGCAGCGGCGGCAGCGGCGGAGGGGGGGGAGCUGAGCGAGGGGGAGCGGGCGGAGCAGGAGGAGCGGCGGCUGCGGAUGCGCAAGGCGAUGGGGGAAAACCUGAUGGAUGAUGAGGAGUAUAGGCGGAGGGUGGAGGGUGGGGAGACGGACGGGGAGAGUGACAGGCGCCGGCUGCAGCUGCUGCAGGCCACAGAGGGCGACGACUGGAGCUCUGUGAUUGACGGCCAGACUCAAGAAACCGUUGCCGCUAGAGCAGGCUCUAAUGGAAAGCCUUCCAGAGCAGCAACGGGAGAGGCGAAAAGAGCCGCAUCAACAGCAACAGCACAGCAAGGCAGCGGGCUAGCCCCAUCCACCACUACUCCCCCUUCUGCAGCACCUAUUGUUAGCCCGUUUGCACGCCCAGGUGCUUCAGGCACGGGGGCAGGUGGGGGGGAAGAGGAAGCGGAGGGGGAGAUGGAGCUGACUGUUGAGUCGGCUGACCGGGUGCUAGAUCGGGUGCGGCCGUACCUGGUGGCUGAUGGGGGGAAUGUGGAGGUGAAGGCCGUGGAGAAUGGCGUUGUUAUCCUGCAGCUGCAAGGUGCCUGCAACACGUGCCCCAGCUCAGCAGCAACAAUGAAGAUGGGCAUUGAGAGGGCCUUGCAGGAUGCGUUUGGGGAGAAGCUCAAGGAGGUGAUGCAGCUGGGUGGCGUUGACAACCGGCUCACGCUCGCUGCUGUGGAGAAUCAUCUUUCACAGGUUCUCCAACCCACCCUCAGCAAGUACGGAGCGUCUGCGUCAGCAGUCUCUCUUGACCUUGUGAAGGGCUUUUGUGAAGUGCGGUUUGAGGGGCCACCGCCUAUGGCCAUGGGGAUACAAGCUGCUUUGAAAGACAAGUUCCCUGAAAUUCGACUUGUCAAGUUGGUAUCAUGA